UGGGUGGGCGAGGUCAUGGGUGUCCGGGCUCCUCUGGCGGUGGGGUUUGGGGACUGAUCCCCAAAUGUGCCAGCUUGUUUCCCGGCCUGUGGCAGGUGGACCCCAUCUCUUCUGGGAAAUGUGGGCCUCUCCCUUCAGCAUCCCUGCCCUUGGUCUCUGUCGUGGCCUCCUUGGCCCCUUGCCUCCCGUGCUCACCUGGCCUCAUCUUUGAAUGCGCCUGUUCAUUCCCUUCUUUAUCCACGCACCUGUCUCUCCACCAGCCAACAUUUAUUGAACACCUACUAAGUGCCAUGCCCCGUGCUGGGUGCAGGGACACCAAGAUGAGUUAGGCAGUAUUGCCUGCAGGAGCACCUGGGACAGUACGGAGACAGGCAUGCAAGCAGGAGAUGACCAGCCGCAUGGUGGGGUGCCACGGUGGGAGCAUGGGGGAAGUGAGCGUGGGAUGCGGGAAUGAAAGGUCAGGGAAGGGCUGAGGGCAGAAGGAGAAGGGGACCCAGGUCCAUCAGGCCAGGGGACGGGGCAGGGAGCGGGUGCUCCGGGCAGAGGAGCCAGCAUGUCCAACGGUCCGGAGGUGGGAAGGUAUGAGACUUUCAAGAAGUGAUUUUCAUGAUGGUCAUCGUUUAUGGAGUGUCUUUUGUGUGCCAGGCACUCUCCUAAGAGCUUUACAGUUUCUCAUUUAAUACUUAUAAACACCAGACAGGGGCAGAGGACUGUCUUGUUCCCAUUUGGAGAUGGGGGAACAGGCACAGAGUGGUUCAGUGUCUCGCCUGGGGACACACAGGCGUGGAGGGGACGGAAGAGGCUUCCUCUGGCUGGAGUGAGGGCAGGGGUGAGAGAUCAGGGCCCUGUUAGCACAGGCAUUCAAGCCAGGGAGGACUUUGAGGCUCUGCAUCCUCUUGAAAUCUAUGUAUUUUACCCUCUCUGUGCCUCAGUUUCCUCAUCUGUACAAUGGGGCUAAUCUGGCAUCUGUCUCAGGGGGCUUUGGUGAGGAUGACCGAGUAGUAGUAGUACAUGGAAAGAGCCCAGCACAGCUCCUGACCCCUGUGUGGCAGGUGUUAUUCCUGGUGGCAGCCACAAAAAGGAGGUGUUUGGUGCUGGGACAGCAUCUUGCUGAUCUGGAUCCGAUCCUGGUUCCACGGCCUCCAGGCUGUGUGACCUUGCCCGCUUCUUCCCCUCCUGGACUGCCAGGUUCCUCAUCUGUGAAGUGGGUUUAACCCCACCACUGCAUAUACUUGAUUCAGCGCCAAACUUUUGGGGAAGCCCUACCCCCCGAUGAGGGAGGGGACGAUGGGCCGAGGAGCCAUUCCGAACUUGGAGUGGCCUGGAGAAGGGACAGGCUGGACAUGCUGGCUGGCUGGGAACUCUUCCUGGUCACCCUCCCCAUCCCCAGGCCAGCCGGGCGGCCAGCAGUCUCCCUCCCCACCCUGCCCGUUAGCCCAGAGCCUUUCCUAAAGCGACCCUCCCACCAGAGGCGUUAUUAAUAGCCACGGCAGGGCUCGAAUCACCAGCCAAGAAUGUUACCCAGUGGCGCAUGGGGGAAGAGGAAGCCGCGGGGCCAGCAGCUGGGGUGGGUGCGGAGUGAUGCCCGGGGUGUCAUGUGGGCCAGGCAGGAGGGCCUCCACCACCCCGACCCCCAUGCUGUCAUCCGCUGUCCCUCCUCCUCCUCCUCUUCUGUCUCCUGCUCAGGUGACUCGGAGGAGGAGGACAUGGGGCUCCUGGAGGUCAGCGUUACGGACAUCAAGCCCCCAGCCCCGGAGCUGGGCCCCAUGCCAGACGGCCUGAGCCCGCAGCAGGUGGUCCGGAGGCACAUCCUGGGCUCCAUCGUGCAAAGCGAAGGCAGCUAUGUGGAGUCUCUGAAGCGCGUACUCCAGGAUUACCGCAACCCCCUGAUGGAGAUGGAGCCCAAGGCGCUGAGUGCCCGCAAGUGCCAGGUGGUGUUCUUCCGCGUGAAGGAGAUCCUGCACUGCCACUCCAUGUUCCAGAUCGCGCUGUCCUCCCGCGUGGCCGAGUGGGACUCCACCGAGAAGAUUGGGGACCUCUUCGUGGCUUCGUUCUCCAAGUCCGUGGUGCUAGACGUGUACAGCGACUACGUGAACAACUUUACCAAUGCCAUGUCCAUCAUCAAGAAGGCCUGUCUCACCAAGCCCGCCUUCCUCGAGUUCCUCAAGCGGCGGCAGGUGUGUAGCCCCGACCGCGUCACGCUCUACGGGCUGAUGGUGAAGCCCAUCCAGAGGUUCCCGCAGUUCAUCCUCCUGCUUCAGGACAUGCUGAAGAACACCCCCAGGGGCCACCCGGACAGGCUCUCGCUGCAGCUGGCGCUCACGGAGCUGGAGACGCUGGCCGAGAAGCUCAACGAGCAGAAACGGCUGGCCGACCAGGUGGCCGAGAUCCAGCAGCUGACCAAGAGCGUCAGUGACCGCAGCAGCCUCAGCAAGCUUUUGACCUCAGGCCAGCGUCAGCUGCUCCUGUGUGAGACGCUGACGGAGACCGUGUACGGUGACCGCGGGCAGCUGAUCAAGUCCAAGGAGCGCAGGGUCUUCCUGCUCAACGACAUGCUGGUCUGCGCCAACAUCAACUUCAAGCCUGCCAACCACAGGGGCCAGCUGGAGAUCAGCAGCCUGGUGCCCUUGGGGCCCAAGUACGUGGUGAAGUGGAACACGGCGCUGCCCCAGGUGCAGGUGGUGGAGGUGGGCCAGGAGGGCGGCUCCUAUGACAAGGACAACGUACUCAUCCAGCACGCCGGUGCCAAGAAGGCCUCGGCUGCAGGCCAGGCCCAGAAUAAGGUGUACCUCGGGCCCCCGCGCCUCUUCCAGGAGCUGCAGGACCUGCAGAAGGACCUGGCUGUUGUGGAGCAGAUCACCCUCCUUGUCAGCACGCUGCACGGCACCUACCAGAACCUGAACAUGACCGUGGCUCAAGACUGGUGCCUGGCCCUGCAGAGGCUUAUGCGGGUGAAGGAGGAGGAGAUCCACUCGGCCAACAAGUGCCGCCUCAGGCUCCUGCUUCCCGGGAAACCCGACAAGUCCGGCCGCCCCAUCAGCUUCAUGGUGGUCUUCAUCACCCCCAACCCCCUGAGCAAGAUCUCCUGGGUCAACAGGUUGCACUUGGCCAAGAUCGGACUCCGGGAGGAGAACCAGCCGGGCUGGCUGUGUCCGGACGAGGACAAGAAGAGCAAAGCCCCAUUCUGGUGCCCAAUCCUGGCCUGCUGCAUCUCCGCCUUCUCUUCCCGGGGCCUCAGCCUGCAGCUUGGGGCCGUGGUCCACAGCCCUGUCAGCUGUCCCCUGCUGGGCUUCUCGGCCGUCAGCACCUCCCUUCCACAGGGCUACCUCUGGGUCGGUGGCGGGCAGGAGGGUGCAGGGGGCCAGGUCGAGAUCUUCUCCCUGAACCGGCCCGCGCCCCGCACGGUCAAGUCCUUCCCGCUGGUGGCCCCUGUGCUCUGCAUGGAGUACAUUCCGGAGCCGGAGGAGGAGGAGAGCAGAGACGGAGACAAGAAGUGCUCAGCUGCUGACGCCUCGUCUGGAGUGCACCCCACCGUCUGCCUCGGGCUCCAGGAUGGCAGCAUCCUGGUUUACAGCAGCGUGGACACGGGCACCCAGUGCCUGGCGACCUGCAGGAGCCCAGGCCUGCAGCCCGUUCUCUGCCUGCGACACAGCCCCUUCCACCUGUUUGCCGGCCUGCAGGAUGGGACCCUCGCCGCGUACCCCGGGACCAGCGGAGGCGUCCCCUGGGACCUGGAGAGCCCGCCCGUGUGCCUGACUGUGGGACCCGGGCCCGUCCGCACCCUGCUGAGCCUGGAGGACACCGUGUGGGCCAGCUGUGGGCCCCGGGUCACUGUCCUGGAUGCCACCAGCUUGCAGACUCAGAUUCUGACGGCAGCACGCCGGGCUGACUGGCUGCAGAUUCAGCAAAGCUUCGAGGCACACCAGGACGCGGCCGUGAGUGUGACACACAUGGUGAAGGCGGGCAGCGGUGUCUGGAUGGCCUUCUCCUCCGGCUCCUCCAUCCGCCUCUUUCACACGGAGACGCUGGAGCACCUGCAGGAGAUCAACAUCGCCACCAGGACCACCUUCCUGCUGCCAGUUACCCUUAAAGAAGAAAGGACAUUCGCUUUCAUGAGCAGCGAGGGCCGGAGAUCUGAGUCGGAGCUCGUAGGGCAGACCAGAGCCCGGAGUUACACAGGCCCUGCUGGAAUCCUGGCUCACGCCGCUUUCCGGCUCUGUGACGGGAGCAAGUGGAGAGCCUCUCGCACCUUCCGUCCCCGCCUCUCAGGGCAGGUGUGGGCCUUACCUGAGGUGGUGAGGACAGCGGCCCACGGUCCCCGGCUCCAGCGCGUGAUGGUGUCGUCCACCAUCGUUAUCUUCAUGGCAGUCCCUGCCCCUCAUUGCACUGGUCCCCUUCGGCCGUGCGUCUCCCCCCAGCCCUCCAGUCAGGGCCCCUCCCACCACGUCGGCACAGACAGAAGCCACCUGUCCGCUUGCCCGACCUCCCGGAGCUGGGGCCUGGACACGUCAGAGUGGAGGCUGAGCUUCCUGCGUUCAGGGCUUCCCGAAGGUCCCGAGAAGUUACUGUCCUGGGCCUCCUUCCCCCAGGCCUGACCUUUCCUAACACUGGGGAGCCCGGGCCCCUGCUGGCCGGGACACCGCGAGCCCGAGAGGAGCCAGCCCUGGGUGGAGGGGGGCAUCAAAUCCACCCUACACUGUGCCCUGGCAGAAGAACAGAGCAGGAUUCUUAAAUUCUUUAUUAGAGAUAUUUUUAAAAGGCUUUUAGGUAUUUUUUCUUCCCCCAUACCACCAAACGAACUAAUUGUGUAAUUACUAAUAAAUUUGUUCCUCCUCUAAGUGCGGAUUUUUAUAAGGGCAUGUUAAAAAUUCAUCACGCUUCCUUCCCCCGACCCCUUUCCUCCGCUCGCGUCCCCAACUGGUAUUAAUGCAUUUUUGAACCUAAACUCCCUCCUCCUCUUAACUAACUAGACAGGUCAUUAAUAAAAUGUUCUCUGAGAGCCUGAGCUUUUUAAAGUUGUACAUCUCCAGAUAGAUGGCUUGGGUGAGUUGAACACUGCUGCAUUAAGUCUCUGUGAUAAAAUAUUUAUCCACCAUUAGACUUUCUUUUUUUCCUUUCGUACUGUUUGUGAAGUGCCUUGCUCUUUUCCUCGAGGCAGAGUGGGAGGAGGAAGGGCCUCGGAAUGAGGUCUGCAGAUGAAGUCAUUUCUCCAUUCUGGCAUCUCUUUUGGUUUCUCGCUGCCUUCCUUUCAUUGGCCAGGUUUCUGCUGUCCCGUGGGGGCCGAGGGGAGGCAGGGGCAUCAGGAAAUGGUCUCCUGCUGGUCCUGAGGCCCCAGGGGCCCUGGAAAAGGAGGGGAGGCGUGUGAGAUGAAACAUUUGCCACUGUUCCCGCUCUUGGCUUUUAUUAUUUUUGUGGGUUUCUGGCUCUGAUGGAGCUGAUCUCAAGAGACUAGGUCCUUUUAAUAAUCACAAAUAUUGUCCUAAUAGCCUCCAUUUUUUGAUUAUAUAUUAUGGGCCAAGAGCUGUGCUCAACUGUGUGUAUAUAUUAUACUGUGUGUAUAGAUAUAUAUAUUUAUAUACAUACUCCCUAUGUAUAUAUACAUAUAUAAUAUUGCUAAUAAUCAUAAAAUUGAGCAAGGGACAUUUGUAAUACUCAUUGAACAACGAGAGACAGUGGCUUGAUUCACGCAGCUGGUAAGUGACAGCAACACCUGUGUCCUCACUCACUUCUCUGCUUUCAUUCAUUCAUUCUCUCAUUCACCCAUUUACUCACAGGUCCCUUUUAAAAAUAUUUAUUGAGGUACAGUUGAUUUACAAUAUAAGUUUCCGGUGUACAACAUAGUGAUUCACAAUAUUUAAAGGUUAUACCCCAUUUAUAGUUGCUGUGACAUAUUGGCUAUAUUCCGUGUGUUGUACAAUAUAUCCUUGUAGCAUAUUUAUUUUAUAUCUGGUAGUUAGUACCUUCUAAUCCCCUACCUCUGUCCUGCCCCUCCCCCGGUCCCGCUCCCUACUGGAAACCGCUAGUUUGUUCUCUAGAUCUGAACUCACGGGUCCCUUUCGAGUGUCUCCCAUGAACCAGGGUAUUCGGCCAGGAGCUGGGGAAUCAACUUUGAGACACAGAUAAGCUGCUGCCCUCAGGAAGCGUACCCUUGGGAAGGCAAACAGUAAAUGAGCAAAGGGAGAAAUAGAGGAAUUACAGACCUUGAGCAGAACCAAGAAGAGAAGACAGGUGGUGACGUGAGAGGGCUCACAGCCCGAGCCUCCUGCACCUCCUGAUUUCACGAGGGCUGGGAGCGCCCACGGUUGGACUGUCCUCUGAGGCCGUCCUAGUAGUUGGGAGCCUACGCUCUCCGAGCCGAUGAGGAUGUGGGGAAGAGUCCCAGCGCCCCAAAACCCAGAUACUGUUUGUGAAAUAGCCCCUGACACACUGGCUUUUUUCCCACUGUGGUUUCCAUUUCCACAUUGAAUCCGCACUAUGAAUAAGACCCGCUGAGUUUGCCUCACGUCGGCAGACUCAUAUAUCCCCCUGCCUGCUGACAGCUCCGCUUGGGUAUCUAACAUGCAUCUCAAACGACCGCCAGUAUUGAACUUGGACUUCUGCCCCAAGCCUGCUCCUCCUUGGUCUCGGUCCACAGCACUGCCAUGCACCCAGCUGCUUGAGACACAAAGCUCUGAGCUGUCCUUGAUUCCUCUCCCCUCCCCACUCCCCUUCAGUCUGUCAGCAGGUCUGUCUCUAACCUGUUGGUUUCUCACCAUCUCCCUGCCACCACUGUGUCUCGGAUGCUACCAUCCCUGCCUUGCUGGUCUCCUUGCUCCCCCCAUCACCCCAGUCCUCCGUCUCGUUGCAGCUAAAAUGCUCCUCUAAAAUCCGGGUGCAUCACUCCUCUGCUUAGAGCUGCCAGCGGCUCCUCAUCACGCUCGGAAUGAACAGUCAAACCCUAGCCCUGGCCCAUCCACUCUUCUGACCCUCCCCCCGUCGCCUUGCAGAGCCCUCAUCCCCGAGCUGCACUGGCUCGGUCCUCCACAGACUGCGAGCUCAUCUCGUCACAGGGCCUUUGCAUGUGCCGCCUCCAGGGCUUUUGCUUGGGUCUUGGCUUGGCUGCCGCCUCCUUGUCAUUGGAUGCAGCCUCCCCAUCCCCCCAGGAAGCAGAGUAAAGGCACAAAACCCCGGCACUCUCCCACCCACCCUCUGCCUCACUGCCCUGUUUCACUCCUCUGCCUAGUAGCUAUAUUCCUUGUUUCUGCUUUCUUUUCCUCUUUCCCCUCCCAGGGCUGCCUUAAUACGGUAGCUACCAUUAAAAUUAAAAUUAAAAGAAAUUACAAACUCAGCCCCUCAGUCCCACUAGCCACAUUUCAAGUGUCAGUAGCCAUAUGUGGCUAAUGGUUACCGAAUUGGACAGUGUGGUAGAGAACCUUUUCAUUAUUGUAGAAAGUUCUAGAAUGUUUUUGCUCCUUAGGAGCAGAACUUUGUGUGUGUGGUUCCCCCUGUGCCUCCAGCACCGAGUGCAGCGUCCUGCACACAGUAGGUCCUGGGGAUGUGCUGGGGUGCCGAGUGAAUGGAUGGGUGACAGUAUAGACCAGUGUGUUAGGAAGUGCUGUGUGAACCCCAAGAUAGUAACCUUGCUUCUGGGUGACCAUGGAGCCACACCAUUCUGCUCUGAGACUCUGCUCUGCAGAGGAAGCCCAUACACCUACAGGUAUGGAACUCAAGUAAUUUGCUCAAGAGUAGAGAGGCAGUGAAAGCAUCAGGCUGUAAGAAGCGGCAGACCUGAGCUCUGCCUCUCCCCACUCCCCACCCCCCACUCAUCAUCUGGGUGACCUCUUUGGACCUUAAUAUCCUUGUCUGGAAAAUGGGCACAGCAUCCGGGUCUUGCAUACCUCCCAGCUGUUGCAAGGCUUACGUCAGGCUAGGGCAGGUAUGCGAAGUGCUUUGGAAACUGCAAAGCCGUAUUUCUCAAAGCGUGGUCCCGGGCCCGGCAGCAUCGGUGUCACCUGGGAACUUGCGGGAAAUGCAGUUUUGGGGGCUCACCUCUGGGGUUGGCCCCGCAGUUAUCAGCCCUCCUGGUGGUGCUGAUGCAUGCCCAGCUUGAGAACCCCCCGUUCUAAGCAUCACUUCACGUCAUGGCAUGACUUUGAAUUUGAGGAGAGAAUAAUCCUGUCCUUGGGCGGAAGAAUUCAGGCCAGAAGUGAGACGGCCCUUUGGAGGGGCAGGAGUGGGCUCCCAGCCCCCCCCUCAUGCCCAUUCCCGUUGACGGGAAUUGUUAGCAAUGGAACAGCAGCGAGGAGGGCAGGCGGCCCCUACCUGUGAGUGCCACGCACCAGCCACUGGAUUGUGUGAUUUACAGGCAUUGGCUCAUUUACUCCUCAGGACCAGGCUUUGAAAUAACAUCAUUGUCGCCUUUUGCAAGUGAGGGAACCAUGCCACAGACAGGUUUUGUUUCUGGCCCCGGGACAUGGAGCCAGGAAGUAGCAGAGCCAGGGUGUGACCCCAGCGCCUGGCCCCGCAGCUCGCAGCCACGGUGCUGUGCUGUUGGGCUGCAUCCUCCGUGUGAAGAGGAGAGGGACCCGCCCUCCCCGCUCUUGCUGUUCUCACUCAAAGGAAGACGCAGCCCCGGGGAGGGCCGGGUAAGAGCUAAUCUGGACUGGCAUCAGAAACAUGCUAGUUCCUGGCGCUGAGUGCCCGUUUCACUGUUGGGCCCGGGGACUGCAGGGUACACUGCCCUCGCCAGAGGAAGGGCCCACGUGGGCAAGAUGUUAAGCCCGGGCUGGAAGCCAAGGGGCUGCUACAGACUGCCACCUCACCUGGACCCCCUCCCCAUGCAUCCCGUCUGCACCAUCUGCUUCACCCUCAAACCCCCACUUUCCCAGGCCUCCCUUCACUCCCCAGCUGGCCAGCUGUGUCCCUGGCAUGGGCGGCCCUUAGCGCACACCUUGUGCCAGAUAAGCCAGCCAUGCUCACACGGGCCGGUACCGUGGCCUUCCCUCAUAGCAUCCUCAAGGCAGCCCCGCUUUACAUGGGAGGAGACUGAGGCUGCGUCGGGGGGGCACUCAGCUGGGGGACCCAGGGGCCAGACCCCAGCCAGGUUAGCCUCCCAAGCCCCAUAUCUUAAUCACAACCCUGUCCAGCUUCUUGCUUAUCUCAGGAGAGGAGCCCAGACUGUGCCAUUUUCUCACCUGCAGUGGCCCCCAUCCACUGCCCCCACCCCCCCCACCAAGAGGAUGUACUGCUCAUGCUGGCUUC